GCUCUCUCUCUCGUGCCUCUCGCGUCAGGCGAAACCCAUCUCGUCGUUGUCGGUGAGGGCGGAGGCCUGACCUUUACGCCAAGCAACCUCACCGCUGUCGUUGGGGACGUCAUCGAGUUUAUGUUCGUUCAGAAAAAUCAUAGCGCCACACAGACAUCCUUCGAGACUCCUUGCACGCCUGCAGAGGGCGGAUUCGACUCCGGCUUCAACCCAGUAGCGGCAGGCCAGACGACGAACUUCCCGACAUUCAAUGUCACGGUCGAGAACACUGAUCCUAUAUGGGUCAGUUGCCAACAGAUCAACCAUUGCAAGCUCGGCAUGGCCUUCGCUGCAAACCCACCGGCGGAC